CACAGGCUGGCACAGCAGCAGGCACAGGCCUGGCACAACUAGGCACCACAGGCCUGGCACAGCAGCAGACCCAGGCCUGGCACAGCAGAGGCCAGCUCGGGGUGGGCGGCUAUGUCGGGCCCUGGGGGGCCCGGGGGGGCCCGGCCCAAGGUGGAGGCGGAACUGGAGCGCUGCCGGGCACUGGCCCACUGGCACCGGGUGCCCCCCUUGGUCCUCCAGCUGCAGACCCUGGGCAACGCCAACCCCAGAGACUCCCCCGACGCCUGCCACACCGAUGACUUCGGGAAGCUGCUGCUGGCGGAGGCCCUCCUGGAGCAGAGCCUGAAGGACAACAUCGCCCAAAUCAAGGACGCCAUCCCCCUCCAGGAGCGGAACGAGUCGAAAAUGGGAGAGGCCAAGAAGUACCUGACGGGGGUCCUCAACCGGGGGCGGCUGCCGCCCAGGUACACGCGCGAGGCCAUGCUGAUCCUGGGGAAGCUGCACUUCGCCGAGGGCUCCUACCGGGAGGCGGUCAGCAUGUACGCCCGCGCGGGCAUCGACGCCAUGACCGUGGAGAACAAGCCCCUGUACCAGCUGCGCCUGGUGGCGGAGGCCUUCGUCAUCAAAGGCCUGUCCCUGGAGCGGUCACCCAACUCCAUCGCCUCCCACACGCGGCUCGCGGAGCGGCAGGAGGAGGUGACGGCCUGCUUCGAGAGGGCGUCCUGGAUCGCCCACGUCUACUUGCAGGAGCUGGAGAAGGCGGCCCACGGCACCAACGCCAGGCAUCUGAAGGGCAGCAGUAGCAGCAGCAGCAGCGGUAGUAACGCCUCUGCGGACUUUGAGCUCACCUUCUUCUUGGAAGCGGCACUGCAGAGCGCCUACGUGGCCAACCUGAAGAAAGGGAACAUCGUGAAGGGCCUGAGGGAACUGAGAGAAGUCCUGCGGACCGUGGAAACCAAAGCCACCCAGAACUUCAAGAUGACGGCGGCCAAGCAGUUGGCGGGCGUCCUCCUGCACUCCCUGAGCGAGGACUGCUACUGGAGCCCCCUGUCGCUUCCGCUGCCCGACUUCGUCACCAAAGAGGAGACCGGCUUCGUCACCCAAGCGCUCCGCAGGCCCCACCUCUACACCGGAGACAACCUGUACUGCCCCCAGGACAACAUCGAAGAGGCCCUGCUGCUUCUCCUCAUCAGCGAGUCCAUGGCCAACCGAGACGCCGUGCUGAGCCGAGCGCCGGAGCAGAAGGAGGACCGCGCCGUGAGCCUCCGGGAGGCCUCGGCCAUCUACGACCUCCUGAGCAUCGCGCUGGGCCGAAGAGGGCAGUAUGUCAUGCUGUCAGAGUGCCUGGAGCGAGCCAUGAAGUUUGCGUGUGGGGAGUUUCACCUGUGGUACCAGCUGGCCCUCUCCAUGGUGGCCUGUGGCAAGUCCGCGUACGCCGUGUCCAUCCUGCGGGAGUGUGCCAAGCUGCGCCCCGAAGACCCCACGGUUCCCCUUCUGGCGGCCAAGGUCUGCAUCGAGCCGCUGCACUGGCUGGAGGAGGCCGAAGGCUUCGCCCGGACGGUGGUGGACAUGGGCGACGCCGCCGGAGACUUCCUGGCCAAGGGCUACCUGGCACUCGGCCUCACCUACAGCCUGCGGGCCACCGACGCCACGCUCAAGGGGACGCAGGACCAACUGCACAAGAAGGCCCUCGAGACCCUGGAGAGAGCCCAGCAGCUGGCCCCCGAGGACCACCAGGUCAUCCUCUACACGUCUCUGCAGCUGGCUCUGGUCAGACAGAUUCCCGAAGCCACGGAGCGCCUGCAGCAGGCCCUGAAAGGCUGCGGAGACGACGCCAACUCCCUCCACCUCCUCGCCCUCCUGUUUUCGGCCCAGAAGCACUACCAGCACGCCUUGGACGUCAUCAACAUGGCCAUCGGCGAGUACCCCGAGAACUUCAGCCUGCUGUUCACCAAGGUGAAGCUGGAACAGGUGAUCCUGGGCCCGGAGGAAGCCCUCGUCACGUGCCGACACCUGCUGCGCACCUGGCAGGCCCUGCACGGCGGCUCCCCGCUCGGCGACUCGGAGAAGGAGAGCAGCGUGGCGGAGGGCCCGCUGGUGAGGAAGCCCAGCGGGCUGCACCUGACCCUCCCCGAUGCCCACGACACUGACUCGGGCUCCCAGCGGGCAUCGUCCAUCGCCGCGUCGCGGCUGGAGCAGGCCCUGUCUGAGGUGACCGUCCACAACUCCACCCUGAAGCAGGGGCCCAUGCAGCUGUGGACCACCCUGGAGCGGAUCUGGCUCCAAGCCGCGGAGCUGUUCAUGGCCCAGCGGCACCUGAAGGAAGCCGCCUCCUGCGUCCAGGAGGCGUCCAGCCUGUUCCCCACGUCGCACACGGUCCUGCACACGCGGGGGAAGCUGGCCGAGAUGAGGGGCCGCCUGGAAGAGGCCAAACAGCUGUACGACGAGGCGCUCACCAUCCACCCGGACGGCCAAGAGAUCAUGUCCAGCCUGGGGCUGAUCCUGAGCAGGCUGGGCCGGCAGGGCCUGGCGCAGAAGGUGCUGCGCGAUGCCACCCGGGUGUGCAGCACGAGCCACGAGGCGUGGAACAGCCUGGGCCGGGUGCUGCAGGGCCAGGGCCACAGCCGGGCGGCCGCCGACUGCUUCCUCACCGCCCUGGACCUCGAGGCCAGCAGCCCCGUGGUCCCCUUCACCACCAUCCCCCGCGAGCUCUGACCCACCGCGGGCACCGGGAAACACAGCCCCCCGCUUCCUGCCGCCGCCUCCCCCGCCUCUUGUCUGCCCCCGCCCCGGGAUCGCCUGGCCUUCCGGAAAGCUUGGCCGCGGAAGUUGGAGGGAAAGGCCCGGCUUCCGUCGCGUCGUGGGGUCGGGGGGAUGACGCCAGGCCGGGUUUGGGGGGGGACCAGACCGCGGUUUGCAGGGGGCGUGGUGGGCACGGGCUGAGUUAGGAAACAAGCCGGGUUCUGGGUCUGUAUAAAUUGAUGAGUGGAAUUUGGGAUGAGGUGGGUGUGGGAAAGGAUUGUACCCAGGGGCAUUCACAAACACACACAACACCCACUCACCCACCUUGGCCACCCCCCAGUGCCAAAAGCCCCCUGCCCCCGAUUCCUGCCAUUGGAGCCCACUUUUGUGUUGGAGAGCCAUUUCCUUUGUGGAAGUGGCCACCGGUCCAAGUCACCAGAAAGGCUCCCUCCUUGCUUGCCCGAUCCGGCCGCGACGCCCCCCAAUCCCUUCCCAACUUUCCCGAGAGACUGGUCCCCGGCCCCUACUCCGCCAGUUGACCCCGGGGGGAGACCCAGACCGCUGUCCGUCCGGCCAUCCAAGUCGGGGCCUGCCACCAGCAGGACGGGGACUCAGGACAUUCAUUCAAUUGUAUUGUGUGCAGAGCACUGUACUAAACGCUUGGGAAGUCCAAGUUGGCAACAUACAGAGACGGUCCCUACCCAACAGCGGGCUCACAGCCUAGAAGACAUCACUGCGGGAGGGCCUGGCCACCCCACCCUACGGCUUCUGCAGUGCUGGUGGAGGAGAAGAUGGGGUGUUUGCCUUGCCCGGGAUCCCCGGGGCGGAGAGGCCGACUCUACGAUGGCAGAUAUCCCGGGCACGUGUGUGUCUAUCCUCGGGAACGGCCAGGCUGGGAGGUGACCGGCCAGCUUUCUCCCAGGGAGAAUAAAGUCCCCGGCCAUCGG